GCGUUUUAUGUUAUGUACAUUUCUCCGUUAAUAUUUACUUCGACAAGCUGAACAAGUUUUUUUGUGGAAAAAAGUGGAAAAGAAUUACUGGCUGCACGGCGGAGCUGGUGAAGUGGGAGAGGAGGGUCCUCCACACCGGGACGAACAGCGCCGUGUACGGACCUGAACCACUGAUGCUUCAACCUAACACUCCCCUCUGCAUUACACCUGCCAGCACAGCUAUACAACAGCAUGCCUGUAUGUUGGCCAGCAGAACAAGAAGCACGAUGGAAGUGAAGGAGCGACGUCCAUACUGCUCACUCACCAAGAGCCGCAAGGACAAGGAGGGAGCGUAUACUGGUUCAUCCGGGGACAGUGAAGACUGUGCCAUUGGCUCCCAGGGGCUCCGGGUCCCCACCCAGAAGUCCUACUCCUCCAGUGAGACCCUCAAGGCCUUCGACCAGCACCAGGACCAGACCAGGUUACUGUACGGGACGACCAAGGGAUACAAGGACAUGGUUCACCGUGAACAGGAUGACUAUCAGAGACAAGGUCAGCACUUCAGCCUCCGUCAGCUGGGGAUCUGCGAGCCCCCGUCGCGCCGCGGCCUGGCCUUCUGCUCCGAGAUGGGCCUCCCCCACCGCGGCUUCUCCGUUGGUACGGUCCAGGACCUGGACACCGACAGCCAGGCUGUGAUGUCCCCGGAGCGCGCCAUGCGUCUGUGGGGCCGCGGGGGUCUGGGGAAGUCAUCCGGGAGGAGUUCCUGUCUGUCCAGCCGCUCCAACUCCGUGCUGACUCUGACCGACACGGAGCACGAGAACAAGUCCGACAGCGACACCGGGGGAGACGCUGCCCUGGCGGAGCCCUCUGAGAGCUGA